AUGUUCACUGCCCGCACUGCUCUGACGCGCUCGCUCGCUGCUGCGUCCUCGGUCGCUGCGUCUGUGUCGACCAAAACUGCUCUGCGCGCCGCCACCCGGCCAUCGCUGACGGCUGCCCCUGCUGCGACCGUUCCGAGCGCGCGCCGCUUCUACCACGAGAAAGAUAAGUGCCUCACUGCUGCGACUUCCCGUGUGCCAAACCGACCUCCACCCAAUCCGGAUCCCUCGGUUGGCUCGGGCCUCGUCGGCGCCCCUGCCUGCGGCGAUGUCAUGAAGCUCGAUAUCCGUGUCGACCCCGUCACCAACAAGAUUAUCGAGGCCAAGUUCAAGACGUUCGGCUGUGGCUCGGCUAUUGCCAGCUCCAGCUACCUGACCACCCUCGUCCACGGCAAGACGCGUAUGCCUCCCAUCCCCUCUUUGAUUCUCUGCUCUGGUCGUUUCUUCCCGCAAAACAUUUGUACUGACCGCAAUACAGUGGACGACGCUGUCGCCAUCAAGAACUCGGAAAUCGCCUCGGAGCUGUGCCUGCCCCCGGUCAAGAGUGAGUUUUUUGCUGGCCCGUCCCCCCAGCCCAAGACAAGAGACACAACUAACAAUCUAGUGCACUGCUCUAUGCUCGCUGAGGAUGCCAUCAAGGCCGCCGUCGCCGACUACCGCAGCAAGCGUCCCGAGACCAGCCUGAGCGGCACCGGCAAGACCCUAUCGCAGGCACAAGCCGCACCGCAGCAGGCCGCUGCCCACGCCUAG